AUGUCUCUCAUGUCAAAGCCUUCAAAACUCGGAGAGAGUGAUGAUGAAGAGGAAGUUGAGGAGAAUGAUGUUCAAAAUUCAAACACUUUGUCCUUUCAUGCAAUGAAGCAUCAGACUACUACUCAUCAACAUCGCAACAACACCAACACAUCAAUAAUACCCGCAAGCCAGGAAACUCCUUCUCUGCAACUACAGACUGCCAUGACAUCACAACUUCAAACUUCAAUCAGUAGUAAUACGAUUGUAAAUCAUCAUCAGCAAAAGCACAACAAGCAGCAUUCUCAAGACAACAACAAACUAGAAAUGUACAAACAUAUUAAACCUUUAUCUGUGGAUGACUUGUCUGGAGGUAGAGGAAAAAUAUCAUAUCCUUCUCUCGACGAAGUGUUGAAUUCGAAUGAUUGGUUAAGCGGAAAUAAUCUUUGGAUGAGUUAUGUUUUACCUUCUGCACCUCCUGUGGAGAUUCAUGAUGACGAAGAGAAGAUUACUUAUCCCUUGUCUGAUCUUCACGAUCAAAUUUCAAAUAAUACUUUACAAUAUAUUUUACCACCCAUCACGAAUCAUGAAGAGGAAACAACUGAACAAAAUGAACCACAUCAACCACCAAAACUACCACCAAUAGUCAUUCAUAAAAUUCAACCUGAUGAUACCCUUACAUCUAUUGCUAUCAAAUACGGUGUGAACGAAGAAGCCAUUAAACUGAAGAAUCGAAUAUUAUCCAGUGAUUUAAGUAUAUAUAACAAAACAGAGCUUGAAAUACCUGACCCAACACAAUUACCAAAAGAGAACUUGACAUUUGAAGAAAUGUCGGAAGAGGAACGUCAAAAAUUAGAAGAGAGGAAGAAGGCUUUUGCUUUAACACUUUUUAUGAAAUUAUGUUGUGUUUCAGAAGAUGAAGCACGAUAUUAUUUAUCCGUUCAUGACUUUAAUUUUAAGGAAGCUGUGAAUGAAUUAAGGUCUGACUUGGAAUGGGAGAAAGAGUAUCAAGAGAAGCUUGAAAAAAAGAAGAGAAAGAAGCGUGUGAAUAAGGUGUUGAAUCAAUAUCCAAUACUAUUGACAAUAUCGAAUUUUUUAUCCACAUGUUUUCCAAUACAAAAAAGGCCUGUCAAGAACAAUGUGAACUAUCAAGAUGUAGAAUUAGACAUGUUGCCUGAUGAUAAUUUAAUAAAUUAUGAUAGUGAUUGA